UGGGAAAGGGACGGUCAGGAUGCAAUUGGGAUGCAUUUGAGGUUAAUUUAAGAUUGAAUUUCAUUUCAUUUCCCUGAGCUUCUCUUUUUUAAAACUAGAAGGCGGGUACCUUCAAGCACUCGAACCAACCGGUUGCCCACACCACAGUCGAGGAGAGCGAAACAGGAAAAAAAAAAAAAAAACUUCAAAUCUAAGAGGAAUAUAUAAAAAAUGGCAGAUGGUGAGGAUAUUCAGCCUCUUGUUUGUGACAAUGGGACUGGAAUGGUGAAGGCUGGAUUUGCUGGAGAUGAUGCACCGAGGGCUGUGUUUCCAAGUAUUGUGGGACGUCCUCGCCACACAGGAGUAAUGGUAGGAAUGGGGCAGAAAGAUGCCUACGUAGGAGAUGAGGCUCAAUCAAAGAGGGGUAUUCUGACAUUAAAAUAUCCAAUUGAGCAUGGGAUUGUUAAUAAUUGGGAUGACAUGGAGAAAAUCUGGCAUCAUACUUUUUACAAUGAGCUGCGUGUGGCACCUGAGGAGCACCCGGUUCUUCUCACUGAGGCUCCUCUUAAUCCCAAGGCUAAUCGUGAGAAAAUGACCCAAAUCAUGUUUGAGACUUUCAAUGCUCCUGCUAUGUACGUUGCUAUUCAAGCUGUUCUUUCUCUGUAUGCUAGUGGUCGCACAACUGGUAUUGUAUUGGACUCGGGAGAUGGUGUGAGUCACACAGUUCCGAUUUAUGAAGGCUAUGCCCUUCCGCAUGCCAUCCUCCGUCUCGAUUUGGCAGGCCGUGACCUUACUGAUGCCCUUAUGAAAAUCUUGACUGAGCGUGGUUACUCUUUCACCACGACAGCCGAGCGGGAAAUUGUGAGAGACAUGAAGGAGAAACUAGCCUACAUAGCUCUUGACUAUGAGCAAGAGCUAGAGACAGCAAAGACCAGCUCUUCUGUGGAGAAGAGCUAUGAACUACCUGACGGACAGGUCAUCACCAUCGGGGCUGAACGCUUCCGGUGUCCUGAAGUCCUCUUCCAACCAUCCAUGAUUGGAAUGGAAGCUGCUGGCAUUCACGAAGCCACAUACAACUCUAUCAUGAAGUGUGAUGUCGAUAUAAGGAAGGAUCUCUACGGUAACAUUGUACUCAGUGGUGGCACCACUAUGUUCCCAGGGAUUGCUGAUAGAAUGAGCAAGGAGAUCACAGCAUUAGCCCCAAGUAGCAUGAAGAUCAAGGUGGUUGCACCGCCAGAGAGGAAAUAUAGUGUCUGGAUUGGAGGCUCCAUUUUGGCUUCCCUCAGCACCUUCCAGCAGAUGUGGAUUGCAAAGGCAGAAUAUGACGAGUCAGGACCUUCAAUUGUCCACAGAAAAUGCUUCUAAUUGCAGGAAGAGAAGAUGCCAUUGUAUGAAGGACAGCCUUCUACUUAAAUUGGAUGCGGAUUUUUUUUUUUUUCUUUUUUGAGUAUUUUAUUUCUUUUUUCUUAACCAUUUUGUCCCUUUUCUUCUUUUUUAAUUUUAAUUUUUGGUGUUUUUUUUUCUGCUGAUGCUGAGUAUGGGGAAGAUUAAAUUAUUUUACAAUACCAUUUGGAAAGUACAGAAAAGAAAAAAAAAAAAGUAAUAUAUUGUUGCUAUAUGAUUCGGGGUUGAUUUUAGGAUUCUUUUCACAUUUAUUUUAUGGUCAAAUGAAUACUAUCUCAUCCUAACUUUGAUAAA